UCAAAAUGGUGUCGUCAGCAAUGAAAACUGGCCUCUUUCUUGGCUUCGGAUCAGUUCUAGUCCUCAUCGGUGCCAUAAUGGCGGCUUGCUGGCCGCCACUGUUCAUGAAUCAGUUGAUGAAGAUGAUGAUAGUCACAAAUGAAUCGAUGUCCUUCGAAAUGUGGCGCGAACCGCCUAUACCCAUGUACCUGGAGUGUUUCUUAUUUAACAUAAGUAAUGUGAACGAGAUCCUGGCAGACAGGAACGUGAAACCUCAUCUGGUGCAGUUCGGGCCUUAUGUCUAUAGAGAAACACAUACCAAGGCCAAUUUAACGUGGAACAACCAUAAUGACACGCUGACAUACUUCAACCAGAGGUGGUGGCACUUCCAACCGGACAUGUCCAAUGGCAGCCUCUCCGACAACAUCACCAAUGUCAACCCAAUAGUUGUGACCGUGGCGUACGAUCUACGGUACAACAGUGUCUUUGAGAAGACGGUGGCAGAUGUGUUCCUGAGACUUAUCCACGAGAAUAUGUUUGUGACGGCCAACGCCAGCUCCUGGCUGUUCGACGGCAUCGACGACCCAUUGCUGACUGUUGCAAGUCACAUACCGUUCCUGCCACGUGAAAUACCGUACGACAAAUUCGGAUGGUUCUAUGACCGAAAUGGUUCGCUGACCUUCGACGGAUCGCUGAACAUGAACACGGGGGCUUCAGACUUCUCCCAGCUGGGGAACAUCGAGAUGUGGCGGUACUCGAACAGAACCAUGUACAGGGAGGAGUGCGGCCAGGUGCGGGGCUCUGCCGGCGAGCUGUGGGCGCCCGAGCUGGGGCAGCCUGAGGUGUACGUGUUUGCGCCGGAUAUGUGCACUUACCUGAUCUUGUCAAAAGAUGGUGAUAAUAUUGUGGAAGGCGUUACCGGUGUACAGUACGCGGCCAACGAUUCAGUCUUUGACAACGGACACAAGUACCCACAUAUGGCGUGCUACUGCGGCGAAGUGCGUGACGCGGACUGCGUGCCUCCGGGCGCUCUCAACGUGUCCGCGUGUCGUUUCGGAGCCCCCGCCUUCGUGUCGCUGCCGCACCUCUACCACGCCGACCCGCACUACCCCUCGAGGGUCGACGGCCUGCACCCCACGCCAGAGCAUAGAUUCCGGCUGACGUUGGAGAUGUUCACGGGUAUGCCACUCCAGGUGGCCGCGCAGCUACAGAUCAACUUUCUAGUGCGACAUUAUGAGGGAAUGAGCCUGAACAACCAGCUGCCAGACGACACGCUGGUGCCGAUGUUCUGGUUCCGUCAGGAGGUGCAGACCACGGAGGAGUACGCUCACCAGGCGCGGCUCGCGCUGCGGCUGCGGUACUGGGUGCCUUACGCCUUCUACGCGCUCACGGCUAUUGGGUUAAUUCUACUAAUACCGGGCGUGGUCAUAUUAUAUAAGAGGAGAAUGAACUCGUCGAGCAUGGAACCUAUAAUACACUCGGACGCAGCCGCCGCCGACACCCAGUGACGAACAACCGGACGUAAAAGUAUUGUGCGGACUCGAUAUGUGUAUAGUUAUAAAUUUUGUAAAAACUUUUUCUCCUGACUGUACAGUAUACUCCAUGCGUUUAUAGAGUAUAAAGUGACAAUAAAAAGUAGCUUUUUAUUUCAUUUUUUGGAAAGUGUAUGUUUUAUAUUACAAUUUGAUGGUCGCGGGUUCGAUUCCUCGCACGGUACAAACAUUUGUAUUCAUGAGUAUGAUUGUUUGUAUCACUCUGAGUGUUUUCUAUGUAGAAUAUGUCAGUUUUAUAUUAUGAUUUGACGGCCUCGGUGGUCUAGCGGUUUAUUACAUCGCUUUACUUCCGACGGUCGCGGGUUCGAUUCCUCGCACGGUGCAAACAUUUGUAUUCAUGGAUAUGAUAGUUUUGUGUCAGUCUGGGUGUUUUCUAUUACAUAGUUGUAUUUACAAAAAAUGUAUCUAAGUUUUUAUAUCACUUGUCUAGUACCCAUAACACAAGCUCAGUUUAGCUUGGGUCUGGAUGGCUUUGUGUGAAUUGUCUUGAGAUAUGUAUUAUUGUUGACUUUUGUUUUUUUUUUAUGUAAAUUGAGUAACGCAGUCAUUGUUAGACUCUGAUAUGUACGUAUGUAUCUUUAUGUAAUUACUUGUGAACUAUUGUCAUUCUAAUAUAGAGAAGUAGCCAGUGAGACUUCUUAAAUUUGUGUUUGUGUAUUAUAAAUCAUUUAAUUAAAAGUAAUAUAUAUAUUUGUAAAUUAUAAAACCAAUUUUUUUUUGCUGACCGUACACGAAAUAUUGUAAAGUGCCUUAGUGCCUACGUUAUAAAGUAAGAUGUAGUUAUUCAAUAUGGUCUUUAUGUAAUUACUCGCGUACUGUUGUUAUUGUAAUAAACAAGCAUGUCGCUAGUGAGACGAUUUAAUUUUAAGUUUGUUUAUUUCCAUACAUUCUAGGUUUUAUUUGGCUGAUGUAAUUAAAAAUAAUAUAUAUUUGUAAAUUAUGACAAAAAUUUUUCUGCUGACCGUACUUGAUAUAUUG